AUGAUCCGCCGGAACCACGAUGAUUCGGGUCACCACUACGUGGAUCCUUCGCUCGAGUUGAACAUUGGGCUAUGGGCGUUGUUUGCUGGUGCAUCACUCUUCCUGGCGCUCCGGAUAUGGAUCAAAGUCACACGUCGCCACGGUCUCUGGUGGGAUGACCACAUCCUCCUCGUUGCAUGGGUCUUACUUGCUGUCAACAACGCCAUCAUCACAACCGAGUAUGCCACAGGCUAUGUGACCGACACAUGGGACGAUCGAAUGCACAUACUCAUCAACAUUACUUCCUGUGGAACACUGAUCAACCAAUCGCUCACCAAAACUGCCUUCGCCGUCACUUUGCUCAAGCUGACUAAGAACUGGGGCCAAUGGAUACUAUGGUUCAUCAUUGGCAGCAUGAAUGCAUACAUGAUUGCCAAAGUCAUUCUCCAAUGGGCAAAAGUGUGCGGCAAAGAAUCCUACGACGUCUGGUACCGGUUGGACUUCUGCCUCGAUUCAAAGUUCAGGGAUGAUUUCAAGGAAGGCGGCAACGUAUACAACAUCAUCAUGGACUUUAUCCUCGCAGUCUUCCCCUGGGUCAUCACGUGGAACCUCGACAUGCGGAAGGUGGAAAAGAUUGGGCUUUGUGUUGCCAUGAGUCUGGGAAUGUUUGUCGCGAUCGUAUCUGCUGUACGCACAGGCUGGAAGGACGAGGGCAACGUGAAGGACGAGUGGUACUUCUGGCGCAACGCUCAUUCCAACAUUUGGUAUUCUUCGGAGAUCGUCGGCACCAUCAUUGUUCAGUGUAUACCCGUAUUGCGACCUCUCCUCCGGGACAUCAAGACUUCCCUUACAUCGAAGAAGCUGGCCUCCACCGCAGAAGGAACAAGGCGACGCAGCCGAGCUCCAUCCCUUUUCGGCUUCGGUUUCGGCCCCGGCCCAACCAUCGGCACCAAAUCCACGCACAAGGCGCACAUCUACUCCGAUGGACGAACCACCCUUAACGAUACGAAAAGCGAGAGCUCUCCCGAUUCUUGGGACACGCAGGGUAUCUACCAGAAAAGAGAGUUUGAGUUGACUACCAUGGAGGUCAAAGCGCAGAAGGGGAGCGAGAUGGUGUAG